AUGACGGCGGUGUCGAGAUCCUCAGAAGACUGGGAUAGCAAUGAUGACAAGCACAGUGAUUCCAUUUCUUCAUCCACUGGCUUGUUGAAUGAACUUACCUCUAAAUCCCGAGUGGCCUCCUUGCGGAAAUACAUCGACCUUCGCUUGAUAUUUGAAGGAUUUCUGGUGUUUUCUCUAUUUAUCACUUUGGUGUCUAUUACACACAGUCCAGAGGAAUCGAAUUCGGCUAAGGAAAGAAAGUACGGACCGACCCUACCGCGGAGAGAUGUCAUUUUUGGUAAUACGGCGGGGCUUGGACCGGAACUCGAUUACGAUGAUCCUGAGAUGUUGCGGAAUGCUACACCGGGUCGUGGAUAUAUCACGGUUUCGGAAAAUGAGGAGUUUAAUGUCCUUCAUCCCCCAUUCAAGAUGGAUCAUGUGUUCGACGAAGGCGAUCACUACGAAGGAUACAUUAUGGCGGUCUAUCACCAGCUACACUGUUUGUCUAUUAUUAUGACUGCUAUGGGAACCUCGCGGGAAGAAUGGGCGAUGCUUGAGACGGAAAAGCUUGAGCACCGUGCUCACUGCGUGGAAUAUCUUCGACAGAGCAUUUUAUGUUCGGCAGAUACAACUUUGGAAGGUGAGACUGGGGCGUGGGCAAAAAGUACAGGCUGGGGUCAGACACAUUCUUGUGUGGACUUGGAUGCUUUGACGGCGUAUGCCAAUGAGCACGCGAUUUGGAAUCUUACAGAGAGAUUGCUACCGGACAGCUUUGAUCCUCUCAAAGUUACUAAUUCUGCUGACAACCAUCAGCAAUAA